AUGUCGAGGAUUGGAAGGGACCUCAAAAGAGCACCUAGUCCAGUUCCCCUGCCAGAGCAGGAACACCAGAUCAAGUCACAUUGGAACUUGUCCCGGAAACUCCAGCAGUGCAUAAGCUGUUACAGGUGUUACCUGCCCAUUGUGACAAGGUUGGAAGUCAUAAGUUUACUCUCACUUUCAUUUCAUUGCACAAGUUGCCUAGGAGAUCUCAAUUACAAGAAAACUGAUACUGAACGUCUCUAUACAUUGGUGUUUGAAGAGAUAUGUGGGCGUUUUGGAAAGACCUAUACUUGGGACAUAAAAUCAUUAGUCAUGGGUAAAAAAGCACUAGAAGGGGCACAGAUUAUUCGAGAUGUUCUAGAUCUUCCAAUAACCAAAGAGGAGUUAUUACAUGAAAGUAAAAUGAAGCAGGAGAAGAUAUUCCAUACAGCUGAAUUGAUGCCAGGGGUCAAUAAACUGAUCCAACAUUUACACAAACACAACAUACCCAUAGCUGUUGCCACUAGCUCAGCUGAAGUGACAUUUCAGAUGAAAACAUCCAGACACAAAGACUUCUUCAAUCUUUUUCAUCAUAUUGUGCUGGGAGAUGACCCUGAGGUGAAGGGUGGCAAGCCACAGCCUGAUGCAUUUCUAGUUUGUGCAAAGAGAUUUCACCCUCCUGCACCUCCAGAGAAGAAAACUGACUAUGAAGAAUUAAAAUGUGACACAGAUAUAUCUCAUGAAGUCACUCUAGACUAGUGACAAUGUGUAGUGUACAGUUUAAAGCAAAGGUCAUUCUGAGAUAAAUAAAUACCUAUUCUAUGACUUUUACUUCGCUCCUACUGAAAACCACUUUCACUGUAGGAUGGGGGAAAUAGAGGAAUGAGUUGCCUGAAAGUGUGGAGAUACUGAAAACUCAACCAGUCAUGUUCCUGAGCAGCCUAUGUUAACUGGACAUGCUUUGAGAAGGAGCUGUGACUAAAUCGCCUCCAGAGAUCCAGAGAUCCCUUCAAGUGUAAAUUAUUCUGACUUUACACUCAAGAUGCAACUAUAUGUAUGUGUUCUGUGUUACCUGUCAAGAAAGUCAGCGGUUUUAGUAAAUGUGCUUCUGUGUGGAAGGGAAGGCAGCAUGGAUUAACUAGGUCAUUGCACAGAAUUCCUUUUUCAGUCUACUUCUUCUAGAGAUAAGUGACAUUACAAAAAAAAAAAAAAAAAAAA